GGACGAGGAGGUUGACCAGGAGGAGGACGCCCCCGUCGGCCCCUCUUGACGCGAGGGCCCCCUCGCCAGCGCAGCCACCACGCCCAGCGCGACGGGAGGCUCUCGGCGGCAAGCGUGGGCGGAGGGCCCCCUCGACGGCAGCGCCCGCGGCCCCGCGGGGGCGCCCGGCGGCGAGGAGCGCGGCGGCGGCGAGGCCGCCCCGGCGGUGCCGCCGCAGGCGCGGGGCGCUGCGGACCCCGAGGGCCCAGGCGAGCACGGACAAUGACGAUCCUGACGACGAGGACGAGGACUCGCGCUACUCCAUCCUCGAGACCAUGUCCGCCUUUGCAGGCGGCGCGUCUGAGCUGGCCGCGUACGCGGAGCUUGGCUUAUAUGAGCUAUGUUGACUUGCGCGUGUCCUGGAGACGCCUAUCUCCUGUCCUCCUACUCCAACCUCUUGCACACCUUCAUUCUGUACUCCUAUCUCCCGCGCUCCUGCCUGUACCAUAUUCCUUUCUCUGCCCUUACGCUCUAUGCGUGGGGAAUUUGAAGCAUCCCAUUUGGGAUUCCUUGUCGGCUGCCGUUCCCAUAUAAGCAGCCUGUACCUCUGGAGCUUCGGGACUGUGGCGCGAACCCUGGUGCCGCGA